GUUCAAUGUCCUCUCCCAGCUUCCGUAGACAUUCCUCCGCUGUCAGUGAGUGUGCGGUGACAGACAUCCGUCGGUAAGACACCUCUCCAGGUCCAAGUGUAAACUAUGGAAGAAAUAAAUAACAUUGAAGUCGUUCCGUGCACAGAGUCCGACUAUCUCAAACCGUUCCGGGUGCACUACAACCAGGUGAGUAAUCUUUGCAGGGUCGGCGGUGAUGGUCCAGGAUGCUGGAUGCUGUAGGCUAGCCCAACCCCCAUUCAUUUUGUAGCUAGCAUGUAAGCAUAACAUGAAGGCUAAACUGACCUUAAACACAGACAAUGAGGGGGAGAGUUGCGUUGUUUUAACCACAGCGGCAAGAACACUGUAUUCGUCUUUUACAUGCAGUGUGGUUCUAUAGUGUUGAUGCUAACAGACGGCUAAUAGCGAGCAUGCUAACGAUAGCAUGUGAGGAGAUUUUGGGUUGAGCAUCUCGUUAACAUUAGCACAUGCUUUAUAUUAGUACAACGAGGUGGAGUUAACAGGGCUUGGCAGUGUCAAGGUUAGAAAUACAUUUAUUUUUAGUCUUAUUAGGGGGUCAGGUGAGACUUGUUGAUCCCAAACGGACUCCUGUGUGAGUGCUGUGAUUGCGCUGAACUGUUCAGGUCAGAGGUCUGCAGAGUCCAGCUUUACACUGACCUUAUUAACCUUUUUUAAUGUGCUGCACUGCAAAGCACGUUAGGAUCAGAUGAGAAAUUGUGGAGGAAAACCUUAAGUCAAAUAGGUUUUGAACCAUAUGACAGUGAAAGUGUUGGUUCAAAUCAAUAUGAUGCACCAGUGCAACCCCCUUUUCCCAAGCUGCAGACGUGCAGACAUAUAAAUGUUAAAACAGGUUUACCUAUUUGUUUCAGGUAUUUUGUUGUUAAUGCAUCACUUCACAAUUACUUUAUUGGACUGAUUGGGAAGCUCCAUCUGCCAGUAUAAAACAUUUAUUGAUCAAUACCAAGGUAAAUAUCGAGGAUUAAAGAUUGUGAUCAAAUUUAGUCCUUUAGACAAUGCUUCCUUGCUUACAUUGUAAAAACAUCUUUCUACACCUUAUUUAAAAACUCUGCUAUUUACUUUUGUUGGCCUUAGAGCAUAAUUUAAAGGAAGGGGUAGCUGUGUAGAUGUGUAGCAUCUGAGUUUCUGAAUGUAAAGCCCAGCCUCUGUGCCAACAUCAGAGACUGUAUAUAGAACGGAUGGCGUCUGCUUCCUCACUGGGUGAAGCCAAUCCGAGAACAGCACACCCUGAUGACGGGCUGCAGUAUAGGUCAUAAAUCCCGCCUCCGCCAGCCAUCCUUAUGAAGCUGUGGACAAACUUUAGAAAUUUAUUACACAGAACGUACAUUUUUCUCCCCCCUGCUUGUGAUGUUGACAUGUAGUUAUUGUAAGACUGGUUUGUGCUAAAGUCCGUUUUUUUUCCGUACAGUUCCAUUUUCAAAAGUUAUUAGGGGUAGAGAUGCACCGAUCAAUCGGCCGCCGAUUUAAAAAGCCGGUUUUAUAUCCAACCGGCCCCAACCGGUGACCGGCCGGUCACUGUCGUAACUUGCCGGUUUUCCCCGAGCAAACUGACCCACAUGCGCGGUGCGUAUCAGCUCAGAGCAAAACUGCUAAAAAUUAGCAAGACUCAGGAGGAAAACAUGUCGGUGAUUUGACACUGUGUGCCUAAGCGACCCAAAACACGCUCAAAGUCAGCCGUGGAGGAUCAACGCGUAAGACAUUUGGAACAACAAACCUACUACGCCACUUGGAAAAGAAGCACCCAGGCUUGUUUAGCAAAUAUAAGGAAUACACUGCCGCUAAGGAGGGAUGCAGCAGAGUCGCAGCGACCACAACAACCCUCCGCUGUGGCUACUAUGUUCGACCUCAGCACUGAAAAGUCCAAAGCCACCACUAGGAAAAUAAUGGAGUUCGUGGCACUGGAGGACCAGCCGUUUAGCGUAGUACAGGAUAAAGGCUUCGUAAAUCUGGUGAAACACCUGAGUCCACGGUACAAAUUACCAAGUAGGGUAGUGUAUUCCUUAUAUUUGCUAAACAAGCCUGGGUGCUUCUUUUCCAAGUGGCGUAUUAAGUUUGUUGUUCCAAAUAUCUUAGGCGUUGAUUGGUACAAACUACCAAGUAGGCGGUACUUUUCUGACACAGCGCUGCCAGAGUCGUUUUAGAGAGGUACUGGAGAGGUAGUCAAUAAAUUACAUUGUACCAGGCAAAUGCUGGGACGUUUUUGAAUGUAAGUUAGUUAUUGACCUGUAAACUGGACUGAAUGUUAUGGUCAGUGUUGAAAAUAAAUCUGCUCAGGAGGCACUGUUGAAACUCUCACUCUAUUUCUUAUUUGUGAGAUUUUAUUCUUGAAAAGGGGGUUAUGAUAGCAUAUAGCCUUCCAUUAGUUGUGCUUUUAAUUGCAGUUAAGCAAAAUGUUGUCUGGGAGAGGGGUACUUAAAUUAAAAUUUGGAAUGGGUACUCAAGCCAAACAAAUAUGGUGUCUAUUAUAUGAUUAUAAUUAUUUCUUAGAUAGAAAAUCGGUAUCGGAAAAACCGGUUUCAGCAGGUCAGACCUCCUUUAAAACCGGAAAUCGGUAUUGGCCAAGAAUAUUGCAAUCGGUGCAUCUCUAAUUAGGGGGUUCACGUUUUCUAUGAUUGAUACUUGAUACAGCCCAUGAGUGUACAAAGAUUGCGUAGCUUACCCAGGGGAUACACUGUUUGAGCUGAGCAUCAUCACAGCAACUCUCAGCGACUGUCCCGCUGAAUGCGCACAAUGCUACUGCGCAAGUGGUGAAGUGCGUACAAUGCUACUGCGCAAUGUUGGUCUCAGGUAAUGGAGAAAAAACAUGGAAUUACCAAGAGAUUUUUGGCUUCAAAUCCAUAUACUGGCGGAAGGCGGAACCAAGUUGUCUAUAGUAUAUACAGUCUAUGGCCAACAUGCAGUCCUGCAAUGACAUGCGCGGUGUGCAAUGGCACGCUGGAACUGUGGAACACCAAUAUUAUUUGGAUGCAGUGUGCAUGUACAAAGGCCAAAUAAUGGUGGAAGUCUGUUUCAGCGCUGCUGCAGCAUUGCACUGUGUAAGACUGUACUGAUUGACUUGCACAGCAGGAGUUGGUGCAGCAUUGAAAGCAUACUGGGUUUACCCACAGGCAGGGUUCAUGCAGUUUAUCUGAGCAGGAAGACAACUCACAGACAACUUGAGCAAAAGCAUAUAACUUUUGCAGAUAUAGUGAGUUUGGAUUAAAAUGUACCCUCAGGAAUUAAGUUUAAUCCACUACCUUGAAAGCUUCUCUUGCUUCUCAGAAAUGCAUGUUCCAACUAUCCAUUGGACAAAAAUAAGUUGUUGAGAUGAGGGAGGAGAGUAGUUGAGGCAAUGAGGAAUUUUAGCCUGAAUUUGUAUCCUCAUGCUCAUUAUACUAUCAUAAAAAAUUCCUGGAAAUUCUCUUCAAGGCCGCUCGCAUAUCAACAUGGCAGAAUCUUUUACCUUGACUUUGUCUCAGAUGUAUUUUCCUAAAGAAAAUCAUGGUAAGCCCAUGUGUGAAUGCAGCAGGUUUAAACUGGGAAAUCCACUGCUAGAAUGUAGGCAAGGGUACUGUCAUGUACAUCAUGCUACUGAUGAAGGACCAGUGGGAUUGUUGUGCUUUUAAUGAAAGUGUUUCAUACUCUUUUCUGCACACUAGCAGGCCUUUUUAUUUUCUGAAUAGGCAAAAAACAGAAACCUUCAUCUGUUGUCUUGGAUAUGUUGUAAAUGCCUCAGUUUUACAUAAUUUCCUACCUCUUCAGACUUGGCGCUGUGAGGGCUGUAAAGGCAACUUUUGAUCAUUUUAACGGCAGGUUGUCCUGAAAUGUCCCCAGAAAUUUCUGGAGUGCAUAUGCGAACAGGGCUUCUGUUGAACUCCCCGGCUCACACCCACAUACAGCUUGCAGAAUGAAUCGAGUGUACUGGUUAUGUAUGUUAUUAUGGUAUUUUCUUUGCUGUUGUGGGAUAAUUGCUCAGUUUGCUUAUUUGGCUAGAGAUAUUUGUGUCUUUGAAGUGGUCUGGUUUAGAGAUAUGAAGUUGGUGUAGUAACUGACCAAAUUAAGUGUUGGAUGUGAUGCAACAGAUACUAUUUAGAUGCAGCGUCUUUGUCAGAGCCUGUUUAAAAUGUAGUGUUUCCGCAGUGAGUUAGUUUUUGAAGGGAGUGACUGAGAUGGUUUAGUUUCUUGUAUAAAUCAAGCACAUUCAGCAGACGCAUUAUUGUACAUACUCUGGCUCAUGGUUGCCAGCAUAUACUGUCACCCUCUUCCAUAAUGCUUAUGGCUGCAGGUAUAGUCUCUAUCCAUCCAUCUAUUUGUCUUUCCAUUUUUAGCUGCCUAUUCAGGUCAUCAUGGCAAACAGGACAGGCUGAGUAGAUCAUCUAUGACCGACAUCUUGUUAGCUGUUCAUUUCAUCUCAUGAGCUCAAAAGCUGUCAGAUUUCAGAAAAGCUGUCUCACUUUCUCCCUGUGAACACACACACGCAGACUGUAAUUCUUUGCUCCUAUAAAAUGAAAGUAAAGAUGAUGGUGAGCUUGAAGGAUGACUGAGUCAAUUUUACUACACUGGGUGUAUCUGUGUUUUGAUGGCUUGUCAUCAAUAAUAUCGGUGUUGUUUUCUUCCUGCUCAUAGCGAAGUGUGAUGACUGUGUGUCCUGAUGGUCUUCAGCAAAGUGAGAAACGCUUCCUCACCCAAACAUAGGCUGCAGUCCAGAAAUUUAUUUUUAGGUUUGAAAAUAUUUGUUCUGUUUGUUGUGUGAAGUCUGCAUAGUGACAGUAAAACAGAAGAGGUAUUAAGGUGUAUCCUAGUGUUCAAAUACAGAAGGUGCACGGACACCUGCAACUGCAGACCUGAAGGCAAUGCUGUGCAACCUGGUCUUACUAAUGAUAACAGUGUGCUGCUGACAAAUGCUCUUUUUAUAUAAAUUGAAUUUCACAAAAGCAAGGCAGACUGCAGUGAAGUCUCUUUUCUUGCUGCAGAGAAUUGAUCCAGCAAGAGGUGAAUACAAUGGAAUCCUUUAGAAGUGAAAUGCAAGCAACCAUGUGUAAUCCUCAAAAAAAGGUACCCCAGUGCCAACCAUGGAGACAUCAGGAGCAGCUUUUCUGACAUCAUCUGGGAAACCUUUAAGGGGUGCAGGGAUUUCAGGACAUCUGCAGACUUAAAUGUGAUGAUAAGUUCAUAUCAAAGUAGGACUGGAUGAUUAUAUGAUUGUGAUUAAUGUUUGUAAUAAAUUUCAGUUUGAUCACGGUGAUCAGCUGUGAGCAUAUUUACGCGAUCAAAGUUGCUGGACAAGUAAACAGGGGAAGUAAAUAGAAAGACCGGAUGUGGAGCUAAGCGUUGAGCUGAGGGCAGCAAAAUAGAUGUCAGCCAUGACUUUGAGUCAUCCUCGAAAGAUGCCAUUGUUGAGAAGAAAAGUUAUUCAGUGUCAGUCGUGUGGCGGUUGUUCAGGUAUCUUAAAAGUGACAUCGAGCAAUUAAGCCGAUGUGUAAGGUAUGUCGGCAGUUGGUGCAGUGGCAGGCUGUGCAGAUUGUGUCUGCACAGCCUGCCACUACUGAUGGCACAAGUAGCAUUAGCAGUAGGGAUGUUCCCAGUGGUUAAUUUCACUGACGUUUAAACGACUAUUUUGAAACCGAAUAUUCGAAUACACGAAAAUUAAUUAACUCCUAGAAAAUAGCUCAAAUUGAGCACAUGUCGAUCUAUAUGGCCAGAUAUCAUCUGAAAUAAAUAUUAAGAGUACAUGAAAGCCAUGCUUAUAAUAUUAAAAUAUGUUACCAGGGUUUUUCCUGGCUCAAAUUGAGGCAGAGGUGGCACCAUCCCGACCAUGCGCCACGGCGUGCAUGUAUUUGUAAAUUCAACCGAUUCACUUUCUUUUACAGGCAACAUACUUUAAGUUAAGAGUUCAAAAAGAGAGUGUGACCAUUAUUAUGUUAAAGCAUUCAUUUAUUAAAACUAUAUACAUACACAAAUCAGCUGGCAACUUUAAAUUGAAAGUACACUUCAUCCACACAUCUCACAACCAGACAGAACAUUUCAGCCUCCUCUUUUUCAUUCUGUAGAACCUCCUCAUGCACUCCUUGUAGUCCAAGGCCUCCUGGUCUGGUCCAUCAACGGCCACCUUACAACAGACAUCCAAGUGCCUCUCCUUCAGUCUGUUCAGCAGAGGUGUCUUCACCUUAAACAAAACAAUUCAUCAUGCAUUAAGUAUUUUUGUUUUUAUUCUGAUACAGACAUGAAGAGUGAUAGUGUUUUCAAUCAUAUAUUAUAUAUAUGUAUACGCUGCAGUGUCCUCCCUAAAAAAACGACAACCAAUUAUUUCUUAAACUAUCUAAACUAUGUUAUUUAUUUUUUGUAACUUUAUUAGUUGAGUUUUUUUAGGUACUACCAUCUUUAAUAUAUUUCUCUUUCUCUUCUGCUGCUUUGUGAACGGCUGUCACCUCAUGUCUUUUUAAUGUGUCCAGCCUGUAGUUGGUUGAUGGCUGUCUCACUAAGGAGGCAGCAAUUGCCUGCUGUGUUGGGCACAGUGCUUUUGGCAUAAAUAGCAGUGCAUGCCUUCCUCAGUAUGCCUGAGCCAGGUAAAUUGAUUGAGCCACUGCUCGUCAAAGCCACUGGCUCUGUGUUUUUGAGAAAAUCUGGAAAGAGGAAUAAAAACCACGUACACGUCGGCUUUGCGUUGUUAUGCUCCUAAUUGGAAACUAAUUAAUUAAUUACCCUCGCCUCGCCAACUCGUCCUGUCCUGCAUUCUGACCCUCGCGAUCACCAGUCCCUUGUGAAGUACUUUCAGACCUGACACAAAUAUCCACGUUGUCACCAACAUGAAUUAUAGCAUUUUAACUGCCUGUUACGUUUUUUCUCUGCUGUGUUUCACCUGGAAUCUUGACUUUCCUCCUCGCGAGGUCGCUUUUUAAAGUACUGGCUGAAUUUGCCUGUCAUAUCUAAAACGCUAAAAACGGAGUAAACUUUUUUUUUUUAAAUAAACACGACAUGCUUGGAUGCAAAAAAGAGAAGCAGUAUUUACCUGUUUGUACCAUCCGCCAGGGAAAAUCAGGACGCCGACAGCACCAACUAGCGGGAAAAAAACUUGAACAUGAUUCGAUCCGUUUCUUCUUCGGUAGAUGCUUCAGGUCUUUCCGGUGCACUGCUGUUGAUAUAGCGCCUCUAUAGUGGCGCAACGCUGCAACUGCAGUUAAAAUACGUUGCUGCUGCAUCGGGACAUCAAUCGCUCAAUCAACACAGCUGGAGCUUUACGCUGUGUUGAGCGAAAUCAAUUGCUCUGGCUGGGGGCGGCACAAAAUUAGGUGGAGGCGGCCGCCACGCAAUUUUGAACGCAGGAAAAACCCUGGUUACAGAAUCUUAUUUUAGCACUGGAGAAUGACAUAAAGAUUGUGAAAGGUCAAAGCAGUUAAGCUCCUUUCCGCUGCGCUCAAACCAAGCAGCUCGCUGCGUCAUUGGCCUGCCUCACAUCAUAAGCACAAAAUGAAAUCUUCAGAGUCAGGCGACAUCACGUUCAACGUUUAUUUUCUAAACUAGACUUAGCGCUGCGAGCCCAGAGCAGCGAGCCAGGCAGAAAGAGUCGCACGCAAAUGAUCCACACAUUUUAGCUUGUUUAAUGCACACUUUUUAAGCUUUUUUUUUCUUUUUUCUUUUUUUUCCCCUUUCCUUUUAUUAAACCGGUAGUAAGGGCAGCCACGUUUACACAAAUAUCCGAAUAACUGCGCACAUCCCUAAUAAGCAGUUUAGCCACAACUAGCGGUGCAGCCAUCAGACAAAAACAGCAAUCAAUCGUCUCACCUACAUUUACAUCAUCUAUUGUUUACAGUUUAAGGCGUCUUCAUCAUUGUUAAUUUUGGCCAUUUGUUUAUUUUGGGUCUUGCAUACCUGCAAAAUCACUCAGGACUGUAAACUAGUUCACUGUAUUAUUUAGUAUUUAUCUACUUUUGUUGUACUAUUGAGUUAAAAUGGUUUUUAUAUUUUUCGAAGUAUAUCUUAUUCAAUUUGCUUUGUUAUUUACUUUGUCUGUUAAUAAAAUUUUGAACUAAUCUCUAGUUUCUUAGUACAGUUUUUAGUACAGAUGCUUUAAAACUGGCAGUUUAAAAAAAAUCGUAAUGAUAAUUAAUAUCAGACAAUAUGACAAAAUAUAUUGUGAUAAUUUUUUUUGCAAAAUUGCCCAGUCCUAUAUCCAAGUAUUAGAAGCAUAUUGGCUGGUCUGUUUGGACCACCUGGUUUAGAUUCAGGUUAGGGUUUUGGCAUCUUAGUGAAAAAUUCUUUGCUAUAGACUCUGGGAAAAGACCUAUGAUUAUAGAUAGUGUAUUAAGGUGUACGAUCUAGAUUAGAUAGUUUAGUCUGGAAAAAAGAAAUUCCACCCCAAAACUUCUUUUUUUUUUUCUAAAUUUGCCGCAGUCUGUGUAGUUCUCUAUUUCUGGAUCUCACUGUGCCAGACUUGUUUAAACAGCAAAUGACACUUCUGCCUCCUUUGUUUUCCUUUUUUAUUAAAUUUCAGAUAUGCUAGUUUUAAUUUAACAGUAAUAUAAACCAUUUAUGUAAUUUAUUUUUGUGUAGCAAAUAUUUAAAAAUCAGAUUCUUAAAAGAAAUCAUAUCUACUAUUAUACAUUGUGAUAAACAUCACUGUUGAUAAAUGUCUGAUUGUGAUCAGAUUUCCCUCCAUGACUUUAAACGUCAACAAAGUAGUCUGAACUAGUCUGAGCUACUUCCAUAUUUUGAAGGAGCUCUUUUGUACUUUUUCUUUUGAUUAGAUUGUAAAACUCAAGUCUUGAGGCCAGCUCAGGGAAGAGUUUCUCUUCUCUAAUUUGGCUUCACACCUGUGACUAAAAUGAGGAGGGGGCGGAGGGUUAAGCUUGUCAAGAGAACCACGGAACAGCUAAGACAGCAGAUGGACAACAAAGGGGAUGACAGUGGACUCCCUCGGUCCAUCCUGUUUCCCUCUUUCAUCCUCACUGUCUCUCCCGUGCAGCUCCAUCAGGAGGGGUCUUCGGGGACCCCCCCCUCCCCUCCACCCAUAAAGGCCUUUCAGUCACACUUGGGGAGCAUCUCUCCCCCUAAACCUUUUAUGUUCACCAGUACAUCUGCAGCUUAGCCAGUGGUCACUGGCCCUUUUGCACACACAGACACACACACUCUGAAAGUAGAUAAUGUCAUGUGUGAGAGGCUCUCUUCAUCAGUGGUGUUUGCGGGUGUUUUGUCUCUUCUCCCUCGCUGCUCUUCAUAAAGCAGGUGAUUGUCCCUCGUUGACUCUUGGAAACCCCUCUCAUCUCUGCUGCAGUGUACUUGUGUUGAAUCAUGAGUCCCUGCUUAGAGCAGGAUAAUUACCCUCCAUUUAUUCAUUAUGAUGAUUCUGAAUUAUUCAUCUGGAAUUAUUUAUCUAGUGUAGCUCACAGCCCUGGUGGCCUGAGCACUCUUUUUUAUAUGACACCCAUUAUAAUGUAAAAACAUAUUUUCUCACAGUAACUUUUGGGCCUUAGUUUGAAUAACAGCGGUAAGAUGACACUAAUAUUUUUGAAGAUUGCUGCUUCUGUUAAGUCAGACAAAACAAACAGGGGACAUACAGUAAAGGGGAAUAUUGUAAGCUUUUUGACCCAUCAUAGGGUUAUUUAAUGCAUAAAGAAGUUCUGGUAAGGGCCUGUGUAUACUUGUGGCUUUUUUCUUGGGUGGUAGUUCACAAAACCCCAAUUUCAGAGUGGUACAUUUUGUUGCUUAGCUCUGUAAAGUACUAUUUCCACCAAGAUAUUUUGUUCACUUUAGUUUAGCAUAGUUUAUUAAGCCCUAAAGGGUUGAGCUAGAUUCACAGCAUUGCCUUAAUUGAUAGACAGGAUUGGGUGGGAGCCCGAUCAUAUCUCACCUCACCUGAUGAUGGUCUCAUAGGAAAACAAUCUUGUGUAGGCAUCAGCUGAACAGUGAGAGGCACAGAGAAAGAUGCAAAUGUAGAGGGAAACCACACGGAAGGGCACAUGUUCUGUGACCUAAUAAACAUUUUUCCAAAUAACUGCCAUAGACACAACUUCAAAAUAAGAGUACUGUGGCUUUUGCUUUGAAAUCCUAUACUUUUAGACCUUAUUUUUCACACUUGGGACACAGACACGGCCGAUACAGAGGCAGUGCAGCCCUGAACUUACCAUUGUGUUUUGGCUGAGAUCCAUGCAUGCAUAUCUUCAAGGAAAGACAAGCACGCCUUCUAGUCUUUAGAUUUUAGUAACAUUAGACAGUCUUGAGACGUAGUCCUUGUUUUAACAGUUUGAAUGGUCUGAUCUUAGGUUCACUCUAAAGUUUUUACAGUGAUUUUAGGUAUUAAAAAUGACAGCAGAUUAAUGUUGGGCGGUAUGACCAAAAUCUUAUAUCACGGUAUGAGUUAACUCCAUAUCAUGGUAACGUAUAGAUCACAGUAUGUUUUUCCCCCUGUAAAUUCAAUUAAUGGCUUAAAAAUACCCAUACUGUCACAUUUGUUCAUUUUCCUUCUGUUUUUAAACUUAGAUUUGUAUACAAAUGCAAACAAUUUUUUAUCAUAUAGCGUACCUUUGGUGAAAAACUGUGCCAAGCUCUUUUAUAUGAGAGGAGUGGCUGCAACUUUUUGGUUUUUGGUGCAGCAGGUGCGCCACGCAUCUUUUGACUCUCAUAAUAGAGCUUGGCGUGUUUCAUCUUUAGGUAAUGGAAGAGGUUGCUGGUGUUUCCCCCUCCAGCAAUGACAGUCACAUGACACUCUUAGCAUAGUAUUGUUUUUUGACCAUUGUUGGAUUUUCUAAAUCCGAAGAAUCUCCAGACAACCAAUGUCGCAACCCAUGCCCUUUUUCUGAACAAGUUCCUCCUCCUCUUCCUCAUGUUGGGUGGGUUGGGCUGCCUCCGUUUGCUUGGUACUGCCACUAAUCUCCGUGUCCGCCAUGACCACCACCAGUAAAGCUGUUUCUCCUAUGCCAAGCAGUGCCAAGCAGUCUGCUGGACACACUGGUGAUUAUAGGGACCGCACCCAGACCUGACCAAUCAAAUAGAGCAAACAAACUCUGCACGACAUGCUGGUAAAAAUACAGAAAUGCACCCAAACGGAUGCACUCUGGCUUUCCUGUUUGCAAGCGCAGACAACUACACACUGACUCAGGGAGAUGCAGCAGACAGCUGCUCUCUCUCUCAGGUAUGGCAAAAUUUCUACCGGUAGGCACUUUUAUACCUUCACACGGUAAAUACGUCAUACCGCCCAACACUACAGCAGAUCUAUUCUGGUGGUCUGGUUUACCUCUUAAGGUCAUUAGGAAGCAUCAGAAUAGGACUAGGCGAUUAUAUGAUCGUGAUCGAUGAUCGUGAUAAAUUUCAGUUUGAUCACGGUGAUCAGCUGUGAGCAUAUUUACUCGGUCAAACAUGGCGGAAAUGUGCGUCACAACAGCCAAUCAGAGUCGAGCUUUUCCUGCUCACUACUGUAAGUCGCCUGAGAAGUAAACAGGACAAAUAAACAGAAUGACCGAACAUGGAGGUAAACGCAGAGCUGAGGGCAGCAAAAUAGAUGUCGGCCGUGACUUUGAGUCCUCCUCCGAAGAUGUUAUUGUUGAGAAGUUAUUCAACGUCUCUCCAAAGUGACGUUGAGCAAUUAAGCCAGCAACAUAACAAAUCUGUUUUUCAUUUGAAGAAGUUCUUCCCGAGUGAGUAUGUGGAAAGCAUGAAAAUGCGAGCGGAGUCUGUACAGCCUGUCACUGCUGUCGGUACAAAGAGCAUUAGCAGUUUAGCUACAACUAGCGGUGCAGCCACCAGACCAAAGCAGCGAUUAAUCAUAUAUGGAUAUGAUUAAUACCUGCCAACACUCCCGUUUUUCCAGAGACUCUCCCGUAUUACAGACCUAUCUCCCACCCACCCCCCGUAUUGUCAUUUCUCCCGGGAAUUUCUUGUAGCAUGGUCCGCGUUCAUUCACGAAUCGGAUCACUAUAUUUGUCUAAAGUUUCCAGGUUUCCAGACAACCGGAGAUAGUCCUGUGUUUCUGCUGAGCCUCACAGUCACUGGUUUGAUACUUUUACUUUACAGUUUUGGAUGAUUCAGUUUGGUUUCAGCUGUAAACUAUAUUUAAACAGUGUUUGUUGCAAAAUGAACACUUUAAUGAAAGGAAAACAAAGGCGAGAUAUGCGAGAGUGAUGUGUUCAGGGCAGCCUCAGAUAAAAGAGUGCUAUGUUUCACGCACAGAUGUUCAAAGAGCCUUAUAUGGGAGAGAGCAUGUAAAACAUAUGAGGACUUUAACACUAGUAUUAGUGGACCAAAUAAGUUCAAGGCAUAUCGUACCUUUUUUUUUUUAAAUCACAAUUUGUUAUUAGUGAAACAAAUAGUGAGUAGCUUCACUUAUACUUAUUUGGGUGAGCAAUCUAAUUACAAAUACUCUCAUAAUAAGCUCAUAUCCACCAUAUGAGGUCACCCUAAAACUGCCCAGCGUGCGCUGCAAACAACUCCUGGAUUUUAUAACCCAAAUGUUGGCAGGUAUGCGUAUCAUCUAUGUUUACAUCACCUAAUGUUUACAUUUUAAAGCACCUUCAUUAUCUCUGAGGGGGCAAUUUGCUUAUUUUGGGUCUUGCAUACCUGUAAAAACACUCAGGACUGUAAACUAAUUCUCUGUAUUACUAAGUAUUUAUCUACAUUUGUUGUACUGUUGAGUUAAAAUGUUUUUUUAUAUUUUUCGAAGUGUAUCUUAUUCAAUUUGCUUUGUUUUUUACUUUGUGUGUUAAUAAAAUGUUUUUUUUAGUUUUUAGUACAGAUGCUUUAAAACUGUCCGUUUAAAAAAAAAAAAUCGUGAUAAUAAUUGAGAUCGGAUGAUACGACAAAAUAUAAUAUGAUCUUUUUUUUUUUGCCAAAUUGCCCAGGCCUACAUCAGAAUCAGUAUCAGUGUAUUUUUCUACAGGUGAAAAACUCCUUAUAGUGCCUUGAAGUGUUGGUGUCCUUUUAUUUUUUAAAUUAAUUUUAUUGCUUUACUAUUUUGAACCGCUCUGGAGAAUCUGAAAAAGAAGUUACCAGAAACAGGCCACCGUCUGUUAAAGCUGACUGGGUGAUACCCUACUGUCAGUAUGCACUGAGGAGGGUCUAACAGUGAACUGAUUGGAUUCGAGGCCCACAUGCUUUCUGUGUACUCUGCUGGAGGGUGCAGUCACAUGGUUAUAUUCUUGAAGAGAGUGUCCUUGACACAGAGUUUGGCACUCUUAGCUUGGAGCCACUUAUCAGGUUGUUUUAAUGCUGCGGAUUAGUCGUCUCAUCAUUACCGCUCCAUGGCUUCAUGCAGGUGUAGAUCCUUUUAUCAUUGUCAUUUUUUAAGUGUGCACAUCAUUAGUUAACUCAUUAUUUAGAUAGGAAGACUGAAAAGAAAGCUGAAAAAAAAGCAGAGCACAUGUCGAGAUUCAAGUAGUGCUUUUGUAGGUGAGGGUGGUAGAUGAUUUUUUUUCUUUCUGGUGCAGCUGUCAGCUUUAAUGUGUACUGGGCACAGUAGGUGUGUAUCUGUGUGUGUGUGUGUGAUUGGAUUUUAAGCAUCUACAAGAUCAAGACCAUACAUCCCUCCCUACAAUGGCCAUUCACACAUUCACAGGAGUCUGUCACUUCUGAUGCCUAAAGCCAGAGGGACCACAUUAAUUUCAAGGUCCUGUGUUGCCUGUUCCUACUCUUCUCUCUCUCUCUCUCUCUCUCUCUCUCUCUCUCUCCCUCUUUUCUGUCCCUCCAUGUCCCUCACCCUCUUUCGCUUUGGGCUAAUCUUUCUGUCAUAAUCCACAUCGGCCAUGAUUCUGCAUCUCCCCUGGGCCAUUCAAGCUGUCCCCGCCCCCCUUCUCUCAGCAAGUGGCCCGAGUAAUGAGGGGAACCCCACCAUCUGUGAGUGGUGACAGGAUACCGGAGAGAGAAUAUGUGUGUAUGUGUGUGUAUGUGUGUGUGUGUGUAUGUGUGUUUAUGUUUGUGUGGAUGAUGACACAUUCAUACUUAGUAGCUUUACCUCAUACAGUUUGGUGGUACUGGAAAAAGGCCAGUCCUUUUUUGGUGAUCACAAUAGACCAUGACUGAUGCUAGUUGUAUUGUUGAUGCUAUUUUUUCGGAACGAUAUUGUAGGUUUCUUUGUUUCCAGCUUCCUGUUGGGGAAAAACUGUCAUGACAAGCUUCCUUUUCCUGGAGUCAGCGUGAUGACUUAAAGUAUUUAUUUUUUUUUUUAUGAAGUUUCACCACCUGCAAGCUGUUAAAAGAUAUUCGUGAAAACUUCACUUAAAACAUAAAACAUAAAGGAUAGUACAAUUUCCUGUUGGUUCAGUUGGUCUAAAACAGAUUGAUAAAUUGUGCCAGCUCAUGGCAUUUUGACACAAUCAGCAUUAUAUUAGCAUUGGCCCUCAAAACCAGCAUCUUUCCAAGUGCCCAUUAGCAUAAUUUCAAAUCCAAAACAUUAAUUGUCUAGUGGUUCUAAAUUAUAUCAUAUUGUUAUAUUUAGCAUUGACAGCAAUAUCUUCCUUAUCUAGCACUCUAUAUUAUAACCAUAGACUGUAUGGACAACUUUGUUCCGCCUACCGCCUGUUUACAGAUUUGAUGCCAAAUAGCUCUCGAUAUUUCCGGGAUUUUUCUUCAUUUCCUGAAACCAGCACUGCGCAGUAGUGAUUAGGGUUGGGUGUCGAGAAACGAGUAUUGAUGGGGACCGGGACUAACAUUUCGAUUCUUCAGGUAUCGUUCAAAUAUUAAAAUUUCGAUUCCAAGUUUUGAUGCCGGAGUCCGCUGAUCGGAAGAAAUAGCGAAUAGCGAACGAAGAAGAAGCCGCUUAACAUCAACGAGGACGUAGCGUAUGAGACGAAGCCACACAGAAAGUGAAGAGAGACAGAGAGAGAAAGUACAUUGCAACCCACAGCAAUGCAGCCGCUGUGGGUUACAAUGCACUGUCUCUCUCCUCUCUCUCUGUGUGGCUUCGUCUCAUACGCUCCGUCCUCGUUAGUGUUCGGCAGCUUCUUCGUUGGUCAAAAGUUUGGCUAACUUUAGCAGGAAGAAUGAACUCUUAUCUCAAUGCGACAUUAGCAAUACAGGUAUAUCAUGCAAAGGAGGGUAAACGACCAACAUGAUUAAACACCUCAGGAUUCAUGGAGGAGAACCCAAAGUCAAGAAGGGUAUUGUCUAUGCAAAAAUGCAUUGAACAAGUAGCACCAGCUUUGUCCCAAUACACCCUAUGACCUCGAGCGAAGUGUCUUCCGUAGAGUUUCAGAUGCCGUGGACUAGUGCUGGGCGAUAGGACGAUAGAUAUCGUGGGCACGAUAGAAAAUGUCUAUCGUGCCAUUUUUAUUUUUAUCGUUUCGGGCGAUAGGCUGUAUUUUAUCCAUAGGGCUUGUGCCAUCAGAUGAUUCAUAGUAACAACAACAAUAAUUGCACAUUCAGUAAGUGUAUUUGGUGUCGAACGGGAAAGAAAACAAUAUUUUCUUACAAAGAAAAGGAUGCGUUGACAUGUAGGCUUGCAUUUCUCUUUCGAUUUUGCGACAUGACGCCGCUUUACGUGCCCUCUUCGUGUCCAGCGUCUCCCGCCGCUGCGGGUUACCUGGGUUACACACGUGAGGGGAUCAGUGUAAGCAGUGCUUAAUUUGUGCCGGAGCAAGUCGGAGCGCGAUCCGGGACCUCUUUUGAUCGGAUCCGGGACCUAUUUCAGCCGCUCCGGCACCUGUUUCAUCUGCUCCGGGACCUUCCCUGUAGAUGAUGACAUUUUUCGGGAAUUCCCGUGGGUCACGUGAUUCCCGCGGGAAUGCCACGGGAUGGGAGUCAUUUUCUAAUUAAUCCCUUGAUCGGGACGGGACGGGAAAAAAAGCAACGGGAGUGGGCAGGAGCGGGAAGAACAUUAAAAGAUGAUCAUUUUCAGCCGUGUUUAACAACCAGAUGAACAGGUGCGUCCAUUUUUGUAGUCAUCUCUCAGUGAGAGCCAACACUCUUGACUGCGCUAGCAACACAAAAGAACUACAACAGUGGUUUGACUUCCUGUCAGCUGGGAGCGCGGCUGCGCAUUUCUACCCUUCAAGCCAGCAGCGAGGAAACGUAAUUUUGUGACAUUCUGUAGUUUUUCAAUCAUUUCUGGAGUCGUGGCGAAUCAAAUCACCUUACCUGUCUGCCCCUGAUAGGCGAAUAAAGCGCUCGGAUACAUGCUCGGGUCUUGCUACGUGCUUCAAGAGUAAAGUAAACAAUGAUGGAGGCAGAGAGCAGCUUUGGAGGAGAAACAUCUAGCAGUGUGAACAACCUCUUCAAAAGAGCCCGAAAGACCUACCUUUUUAAUAAAGCCUUUGGUUAGUUUUCCUCUAUGCUUUAUGCUUUUACUACCUAGCUUCUUACAUUGCAACUCUAAAUAUAUAUUUUUUUUAAUUCUUUUUUUAUGCCAAUCUGUGACUGUCAUUCUAUUGCUUUUUUUUAUUGUUGCUGCUCUUUUUUUACUGUGUACUGUAGCACUUUCAGAUUUUUUGUAAAUGUAAAGUGCAUUACAAAUUAAAUUUAUUAUUCUUAUUCUUAUUCUUAUUAUUAUGGAGUGCUUUGGCUCACACUAUCGGCGUUUUCUGUGAGUGUUGCAUAACUUUGGGUGAGCACAGACAUAUUUAUUUAUUCAUUUUUCUAGUUUUAAGUAGGGUUGGGAAUCGAGAAUCGAGAAUCGAUGGGAAUCGGGACUAAAACUUCGAUUCUUCCGGUAUCGUUCAAAUAUUAAAAUUUCGAUUCCAAGUUUCGAUGCCAGAGUCCGCCGACCGGAAGAAAUAGCCGCCGAAAAUCAACGAAGAAGAAGCCGCUUAACACCAAUGAGGACGGAGCGUAUGAGACAAAGCCACACAGAGAGAGGAGAGAGACAGAGAGAGAAAGUACAUUGUAACCCACAGCAAUGCAGCCGCUGCGGGUUACAAUGUAAUCUCUCUCUCUCCUCUCUCUGUGUGGCUUCGUCUCAUACGCUCCGUCCUCGUUGGUGUUCGGCAGCUUCUUCUUCGUUGGUCAAAAGUUUGGCUAACUUUAGCAGGAAGAAUGAGCGCUUAUCUCAAUGCAACAUUAGCAAUACAGUUAUGUCAUGCAAAGGAGGGUAAACGACCAACGUGAUUAAACGCCUCAGGAUUCAUGGAGGAGAAAUACCCGAGUGCUCGUCUUUGACGCGCUUCGCCGGUGUUGUGCCAGAGAAUGCACCCCUGCUGUUGAAUGCACCCCUGACGGGAGCGCGGUUGAAAGUACACAACAAGGCGAAACAAUCCAAGUUUUUCUUACCGUUGGACGGAAUCUAAAGCGUGUGCCUUUAAUGAUUUCAUUCAGGCUAUUCAGAUAUGCCGAAAACAAUAGCCCUCUGAUUCGGAAUAUUUACUGUCCUGAAAAUAUUAUGUUCUCUACAUUAACAGCUUACUCUACAGUUUAUAUACCCAAGUACACCUUUAUGUGUGCAUUUUUGAGACACAUACAAACAAAACGAAAGUUUACUGCUCCAUUUGACACGUUUUCAUGAUCUAAUACCCGUGUUUUAUUAAAUAUGAGAUCAUAUUUCUUCCACUAAGAAGCUAAUCAGUGUAGGGGAGGCAUUCUACGGCAGGGGUGCAUUCUACAGCACAACACCUGUCAGGAUCAGAUAAGUGAAACAAUAAAUUACUUCUGUCCUCUGCUAACUUUGAAACGGUAAAGAAAUUGAACUGUGUACGGUGAGUAAACUUAAAUAUCCAUCUAACGUUAGCCCUUGUGCUUUUUCAUAGACAAUCGACCUGAAAACAAAAAUUGAUAUUUAUAUACUGGUUGAAAAUAGCUCUGUGAGAAAUCCAUAGUAAAGUUCUUAAAAAGUUAAUAGGAUUUAAAAAUUCAUGGAGAAGUUCAGAAAUUUCAUCCAAAAAGAAGAGCCCCGGUUAGCACCCUCAUUCAAACCAUGCUUUUUUUUCUUUUUUCUUUUUUCUUUUUGAUAUCCUGCCUUUUAAAAGAAUCGAAUUAGAGAAUCGAUAGGAAUCGGAAUCGAAAUGAGGAAUCGAAAUUGGAAUCGGAAUUGUUCAAAAUCAAACGAUACCCAACCCUAGUUUUAAGUGCUGGUCUUGUACUGGUACUGUACUAGUGCAGCUGUAUACACUUAAAUUUUUCAUAGAACUGAAAGCAUACCAUAGCUAUAUCGUGAUAUAUAUCGUUAUCGUGAUAUAAAAUGAUCCAUAUCAUGAUAUACAUUUUUUUCCAUAUCGCCCAGCACUACCGUGGACAUGGAUGCAUCUGCGAUGCUGGCUGAAGGGUUUGACUGACCCACGGCUGCAUCACGUUCUUGUUUCUCAAACGCCUUUUGCAAAUAAAUCACUGGUAGCAUGUCAUGUGAAACCUAGUGUCGUCAGGAACAUUGUCAAAGUCGAUAUCAACGCAAUGUUUACAAGUUUCUGCAAGGUCUUUUGUCUCACCCUGUAGAGAAAGCCACUUUCUAAUACUAGUUCUAUAAGUUUCCCAACGUGUCCUUGUAAAGUCGAGAACAUCUUCACUCUGGACAGAUGAUGGAUGCAUAUAGCAUUGUUUCGUUCCUUUAUUAUGCACUUUUGAAGGCUGAUUUCUUUUUUUCCUUUUCUUCCUCUGUGCUUGUCUCGCUGCUAGAUGCGCUCGUUGCCAUGUUUAUGUAUUUCUGAUACUAUGGCAACGAGACUCGGCUCCUAUUGGUCCACGUGACAAAAAUCGCUUCACCCCUCUGCAUAUUCGAUUGCGCGUGUGCAAGUAUCAGUGCAACGCAGAAAGGAAAUAGUUCGACACUGAAACACUGAUUACUAAAAAUCGACAGGAUGGCAUGAGUUGAUAUUUUUUUUCAGUACUUACUAUCAAUAGAGUUAUUUUAUGAAUCACAUUUUAUUUAAAUAUGAGAUCAUUGUCUUCCACUUUAAGAAGCUAAUGAGUGGAGGGGAGGCAUUCUAUGGCAGGGGUGCAUUCUACAGCACAACACCGGUCUUCCGCUAACCAGUCAGGAUCAGAUAAGUGAAACAAUAAAUUACUUCUGUUCUCUGCUAACUUUGAAGCGGUAAACAAAUUGUACUGUGUACGGUGAGUAAACUUAAAUAUCCAACUAACGUUAGCCCUACUUUUUCAUAGACAAACGACCUGACAACACCUGAGUCCGUAUCCUAGCGAUUGUUUCAUGGAGAACAUCACACGGAACGUCAGCCGUUGCCUUACAAGAGUGAAGCCAGAUAGAUCCACACUAGCCUGGCUGGGCCAUCCUGUUGCGUGAAUCACUUGCCGUUCCUUCCCACAACAGUCUGGACUUCAGCCCAUUGGGAGCGUGUAUUCCCGAUCAGAAAAUAACCGGGCCAAUCAGAGACCGUGUUUCCACUGUUACCCGGACAACAGGGAAAGGCAGCCCCUGAUUGGUCCAUGUGUAGAUGGUAACGUCUAACACAUGCUGCGGGACUUUUCAAAGCGCCGUUCAUUCAGAACGCCGUUAAUUCUGCAGUUGACUUUGCAAAGUCGGCAGAAAUCAUUGAUAUCCGCAGAAGACAUUGGAUCUUGGAUCUGCAGCUAUAGGUGUUUUCCUACAGCUGCAUCAGUCUGUACCAGUUUGCACCCUUACCCUUCAGAUAACAGUCAGGCUGCCAAUCAGUGUUCAACAUCAUCAUUGUUACUAGGGAACAAUAUGAAAAUGCAACAUCCCGAUUAUUGUAAACAAAAUUGUCAUGGUUAUCAAUAUUAUCACGGUAUUGUUGAUAUAAGUUCAAAAUGUUUAAAAAGUACUGAUACACGCCCUGGAAUCAUUUAACAGAGUUUUAUUUUGAAAAAUCAAUCAAAGUAACACGCAGAAUGAACUUUUCCUUAACCUUAUUUACUAGAGGAACUAUAAACUUAAAAAAAUUCAUGAUUAAUUAAUCAUGUAAUUGGAAACUGAAUUCAAAACAUUGCUCAAAAGACAACAACAAUAUGUUUUAAAACGCCAAGAGUGCCAUUAUAUGGGGCCUUCAAACUUUCUUAUGAAUAUAAAUGCUUUUUAUUUCAGCUUGUGGCCAACUUAAAAUGAGUAAUUAAUGAUCAAACUUAAUGAUGGGGUCAGCCUAUCCAAGCUUGUUUUAAUGCUGCCUUGAUACAGUAAGAAGUGAACAAUUAUUGCUGAAAUCAAUGUCAAUGUCAAUGUCACGUUUAUUUAUAUAGCACAUUUAUAGGACAGGCCAGACAAAGUGCUUUACAGGAGAAAAACAUAAAAUAAUAAAAGCUACAAGUAUGGCAACAUUAAAAGGGAAACAUACACUAACAACAAUAAAAGAAAAGCGUACGCGAGUAAAAGCAAGUGACAACUCAACCAAAAGCUAGGGUAAACAGGCAGGUUUUAAGGUGCUUUUUGAAGGAGGUGAGGCUGGUUGCAGAACGCAGACUGAGACAGGGCAUUCCACAGUGUGGGAGCAGCAACUGCGAAUGCCCGAUCCCCUCAGCUUGAACCUGCAAAAUUUCACAAAAACACAUGUGAAUUGAAAAACAUCAAUGCAUUUAUGUCCUUGCGUUGGAUAGAUAAAUGAGGGCACUACAAAUGCUACAGAGUGUGAUGAGGUCCAAAUUAGUCGUUUACAGUAAAGAAUCAGGAUGCUACCAGAGUUUCAUCUCUGCUCUCAUGUGUAACGCAGCAACACCGAAACAAAACCACCACAAACUUCAGCCCCAUGCUCUCAUUUCACACCACAACAUGAUAGUAAAUGAUGCAUGAACAGCAUUAUGCUAGCUUGGCUUCACAUUGAGGCCCUGUGGCCCUGACUUGUUAGGUCAUGUGCCCGCCGUUUGACUGUUGAUAAGCUGAGAUGAUUUAAGAGAAUCUGUAUAAGCUGGAUGUGUAUUUUUAGAUGCAAUGUAAAUGUUUCUCUAUACAGUUUGAUUUAGACAUUUCAUGAAUGGAUAAAGGACAGUUUAUAGGCUUGUUAUAGUCUGUCAUUAUCUCUGUUAGGAAAAUGAUACAUUUCAUUAACCCUGUUGUGUGAAUUGCAGUUUAGCCUGUAAGAAGCUGUUUAAAGAGCUAAACACCCCAAAGUGUGAAUUAGUAGAGCACAAGUAAAAUCUGCACUUUUAAUAUUUAAUUUAGUCUUCUAAAAAGAUAGCUGACUCCCCACAGCAACUGAAGUUUACAUCUACUGUAACAGGUACUUGUGAUUAUUGUUACAUCUGUUGUAGAUGUUCAAUAGCUCUAUUAAAUCAGAUAUGCCAAAAUGGGAGAAAAUUAAAAUGCUAGCUUUCAUGUCAGAUGCCAGAUAAACAUCCACACCAAACCACAUUCUUGCUGUUGAGGUCACCUCACUCUCACCUGUCAUCAUCCUGGUCUUUGACUUUAACUGUCAACAAGGUUUAGGAUUUAGCGCGAUGGACUUCUGAUAAUCAAGAAAGAAACAAACAGUAGCAGCUCAGCUCACAGCCCCCUAAAUCCCUUUGUAAGAGCAUCCAAGGACAAAGAUUUAACUAUACAUAUAUAUAUAUAUGUAUUAUAGAAAAUUUUGAGAAGAGAGAGAGGGUGUAGACAUUCAUGUCAUUUGGUGAGCUUUAAGUAUUUUUCUGGAAUAGUGGCAACCUCUACAGUUACGUUUAGCUGCUAGUAAGAACCUUGUGAACCUUGAACAUGGAAAGCAGCUCAUCUUGUCCAGUGUCUGCUAAAUAGUGUCAGAAAAACACAGAAUGAUGAAGUUACAUGUGAAAGCGGUGUGCGUGUGAGCUCAUUUCCUUCAGAUAGAAAUCUUAAGUUUGCGUUUUACAGCUUUAAGUACCUCUCUGGCGCAGUAGCACAGUCCAACUCAAGUCCUGUUGCCACAAUAAUAGUUUUAUUAUGUCUGAUUGUAUCAGAGUAAUUAGCUCGCCAUUUAACCUCCACCCAUAUCUUGGGUGGUGCUGAAACUAUAGCAACAUGCUUGCACACGAGAAGGCACAUCUAUUUUAGCUGCAAUAAGCCUGUUCUAGUAAAGCUGUCAUCCCUGCAUCUGAGAGAGCUUGUGGGUGGAGAGGAGGUGUAGCCUAAAUCUGAAUCAAGGCCAUGUUUCCUCAGGCAUAGCAUAUGUAGGCCAACUUUACCAUAUUUAUACAGCAUGUAAUGGGAAGAGAAGUACAAGAUAAGUUUGUGGUUCAGCUGUUUUCACACAUCUUAGCUGCUUGGUAGUUUGUAGCUAAUGGUGCUCGAGCAGGAAUGAAUUGUCAGCCACCACCACACUAACUUUUUAAUGUGCUGUUGAAGGUGCAAACUCACAGCAGGUUGAUUCAGGUGGGGACAGAUCAUCAUAUAAACAGCCUUAAUGACCUCUUCAAGUUCUACUUUGAUAGAAAUUUGACGUUUUUAUUUCUUAAGAUAUUUGUGAGUGGGAGGACCCAUAGAAUGACAUUGGGCAAGACUUGCUAUCCUCUUGCAGCGAAUACUAUUGGUUUGUGUUGUGUCCUGUCUUGCCGUGUCAUGCCUGUGGUAUUGUGUUGUGUUGUGCAGAAUAACAUUAAAAAAAAACAAAAAACUUUUUGCAUUAAUUGCAUAUAAAUCUUCUGACUUUUUUACAGUCAGACUCUCACAAUGCUGGCACAAAUCUGGCUUUAACAUUACCAGCAGAGCUACUCAGCCUCACCUUGAACAAGUUGCUUAAAAAUUUCCUUUGAGUACCAUGUAAUUUUCAACUUGCAAAACUGGCAACUUUCGUAGCCUCACUAUGACCUAAUUGACACGCUAGUUUUUAAACUGCACCUUUUACACCAGUGAGGUAAAGUGAAGCGAAGCAUCAAGUCAUAUGAUUUUGCUUGUCCGUAGUAGCAUUUGGCAUCCUGACCUUUCAAGAACUCUCCUCGCUUCACCUGCUCUGAAUGAAGCAACCAUAAACCAGACUUUCAGGUUGGUUUCCUUGUUGCGCUUUUACCCUUACUUGCAAAGUGCUGAGCAAACAAUCAGAAAAUGUGUGUGUGUUUUUGUGUUUGUAUGUGUGUCACUGCCUGCAUAUUUAAAAUUUCUAUGCGCCAAAAACAGUCCUGGACAGCACUUACGCGCUGACCCCAAUUUCACACACACACCAGGUGCUGAAUGCUCUGCUGGAAAUUUACCGAAGGAGUGUUUAGCUGCACAUCCUGUUUAUGUGAUGUGAUGACGAUUAUGAUGUGACCACAGGGCAUAGAAACUCUUAGUUACCACAACUUCAGUUACUCAAAUUCAAACAGCUACAGGACAUGUUUGAUGGUUUAGUCAUCAGGAAUCUCUCCAAGCAACUUAAUCCACCUUUCUGAAGCUCAUUUUUGUCUUUCUUCUAAUUACACAGUCUGUACAUUCUUUGAAAUCAUCACUGUGUCAGACUUUCACAAUCACUUUAUAAAGCCUGUGUGAGCGAUCUGUUAAAGCUCCUGUGAGGAGUUUUUGAUUGUCCUGAAAACAGACUGAAAUUAACUGUAAAGAGUCACAGAGAUGUACAAAAGCAAAUGAAACCAUAAUGGUCAGAUGGACAGUCUCUGUGUUGUGAUCCUGCUGUAAGAGGGUAGGUUCACAGAAACAACAUGAGCUACUCUCACCACAGCAAAUAUUCAUAAACUGUAAAAAGUAAACAACAGAUUUUUUUUGUCAACAAGUGCCACUUAAACAAGGUCAACACAUAACAUAAUAAAAAAAAUUGUGCAAAUUUGAUUGUUCCAACUGGCAGAACAGCUGUUAUAUAAACCUAUAAUCAUGAUGUAUGUUUUUCUCUCAGAGAGGUGAUGUAACACAAAUAGUAAAACUGUAACACAAAUAGAAAGCCAGUGUGAUUAUUAGGAGGUACUUUUUAUCACUUUAAUUUUGUUGUGUUUGAGCAACAUUUGAUGUUGGGGUUAAUCUGCAAUAAUCUGCAAUUCAUUUUGACAUAUUACAUAUUAUAAAUAUUUGACAUAUUACAUAUUAUCAGCUAUACCACAAGUAUUUAAGCUUUAUUACAUCUGCUGCCCUGGAGCGGGAGACAGUGAACCUUUUUAAAACAACGUGUACACUGGAAAAACAGCUACACAACGAUACACAACCUCAGUUCAGUUUCUUUUACAGUAUUAAACUAUUGAAAAUUAAAAUACUUAGCUGUAAAGACAAGUACACAACAAUGCAGAACUACUGUAUAGCAAGUACCCCCCACAAUGACACUGACAACAGGGUAUGUAAAGACUGAAAAGCUGAGUGCACUCAGCCAAAACAGCCGCACACCAACAGCAGGUUCUUCAACAGUAACAACAUGGUCAUUGUACUGAUAUAGCAUAAUAAAACACAGCAAAUAAAACUUCAGGAAUAUAAUUAAACUGAUGUCAGCUGCGAUUUUAUCUUAGUUUUAAAUCCAGUGGAUCAGCAGCACUCUCUGGUUUCUAAUGAGUUCCAAGAAUUGCUGAACUCAGAGGACCUGUAAUUACACAGUCACCUCUGUUGGCUUUCCUUGUUGUUCCAACACGAUUUCCAUGUAUUGACAGAGGCUCAGCAAAACCCACAAAAUUUCAAAUUUCAGGAGGUUAUAUCUCUGAGAAGUAGUGGUGAAAAUAUCUUUAAGUGCAUGAGCAGCUUUACCGCAUUAAUGGGCAGCUGAUUUUAAGUUGAAGGAACUUUUGGUUUGUGCCAGUUUUGGCACCCCCUGUCUUCGAAGCAGUCUUUGCUUGUCUUUUCUUUUACAUGCUUAACUAGUGUCUUCAGUAAAAAAUUAAUUGCAAAUACCUGUGUGGAAAUUGUUACCAGCCUGUUUCUUCAGCUAGCUACCUUACACUGGUUUGAGGCAUUUAACAUAAAAAAGUAUUUGUCAAUCUUGUUGGUGGUGUUUUUUUUAUGUCAUAAUUAGCCUUAAUAUAAAUUUCAGUCUAUUCCAUCAAUGUUUUAAGAAAAACCUCCUUACAGUAGCUUUAAAAUUGACUUGUUAUUUUGACAGCCCUUGUUCAGCACAUAUUAAUUGCCUAAGUCUUGUAUUAUCAUGUUUUCUGCUGGGCUUCAGUUCAAAGAGUUCGUGUCCUUAUCAUGUUUUUUAAGCUACAUUUGUUUUGCUCAACACCUGUAGAUGUUUUCAGUGGGUGGAGUUGCCAAAGCAGACAUCUGUUGUAGAGCAGCUAAUUGCAUCUACUGUAAUCAUCUAAAUAAUUCAAAUGUGACCUGUCAAGUUACAUAAUAUAAAAGGAAUGAGGAGUUGUGGUAUCACGAAAGCUCACUGUCAGCAAACUUAAUGUUUAGUUCUACUCAGUCAUCAAAUUUGAGGUUGAAAUUCAGCUGCUCUUAAUGCGUUUACUCAUUUGCUUGUUUUUUCCUUCACAGAAUGGCACAAAGAAAUCCUGGGACUUCAUGCGAACCCAUGACAGGUAAAACACAACACUCCUAGGUCUCUGCUACUGGGUGGAAAUUGUGCCUCAUACACAAACACUGACACACAGAUGGCAUAGACACAACCAGAAAAACGUUUGAGCUUGAACUGUUCGAACUUUUGCUUUAGGCUUUUUUGUACGCACAGUUACACAAAGCCAGAGAUGUCCUUGCACAUAUCCAACUUCGCUAUUAUCUCUGCUUUGUUAUACUUUAACACUUUAUUCAGAAGUUUCUUCUCUAAAAGACGACAAAUACUGGAAGGUCAAACCACAACAGAGCUUGUUUUCUGAGAACUGGCUCUCUGUUUUUCUACUUGGCAGCAGCUGUAAAUGUGCGAGCUUCACAGGGGGCACUGUAAGAGAAAUAUCACACAUUGGUGUAAAAACCCAUGGUUCUCUCUCCCUGAUUUGCCCUGAGGUAAGUCUUGGGUCAUUUAAGCACCUCUUUCCUUCUCUAGUGACCCCAAAAAGUCUGUCCCUGUGAAAAAUAGUCCCACUGAGACAAAAGCGGUAAACCUACAACCUGGACUUUUAAGAGGAAGAAGCCCAUGAGAACAUCCAACUCUUCCCCAGGGGGUAGUUUUACUCCCUCACUACUGUGUUUUCAAUGGAGCCAGGAUUGUUUUGGGUUUUUGGUUAAGCGUGCAUCACAUUUUCUUCCCAACAGGGCAAUUCUUGCCACAUUCAUUCUUGCAAAAAGAAAAAAAAAGGCAAAGACAGAUUUGAUGGUAUCUUUUCUUCUUUCUGGAAUGUUAGGAGAUCCGUUUGAGCUUCUUCCUCAUAUGUCUUGAAAAAGAAUCCCUUGUCAAAUGGAUUCUUGUCCUUUUUCUAUAUGCCACGAACAUUCAUGUUAACAUUGACUUGUUUUACUCUUUGGUGUUCGAAAAUGUCAAUUAAAUGUAGGCACAUUCUCCAGCAUUUGCUUGACAUGAUCAUUUUUUACCUGGUUAAUUGUAAAUCAUCCAGAAAAUCUGGGUUCCAGGUUGGGGUCCAGGUCUUGUAGCACGGUCUGUUCAGAGUAUUUUUGAUAUUUAAAGCAGACCUUCUCUUGAAUUUAACACUAAGAUGCUGCUUCAAAAGGCAGUAUCCACCAUGAACUUGCUUCACUUCAGUCCUUGAGGAGCUGCAGUACUUCGGUUGACAGGUAACAAGCUGAGAUGUAUUCACUCUUGGGUUUCUUCUUUGAUCUUUCCACUGUGUUCUUCCAACACUUUCUUAUUGUAGCCUCAGCCUUUGGUUCUACUCACUCUGAACUUUAGGCUCAGGUCUGAAGCUCAGUUUUUACAUUUUUGGAAACUGAGCAUAAAGUCUGAAAUUUAGAUUGUAGGUACAAAAGAUGCGGUCUGUUUUUUGGAGAAUUUUAUUGAGUUCAGUAAUGUGCAGUUUUUAUGCAGGUAUGUAGUGCUUCCUUUUACGUUCUGCUAUUGCCACCCUGCCGAAUUCCCAUACAGUUGUUGAGCAGUGUAUCAUAUCGUGUUGUAUAUCCUAUCGUAUUGUAUGGUAUUGUAUCGUAUCGUAUCUAACCUUGGAAGAGUAUUUAUUUAUUUUUAAUCUCACCAGCUCUCUACAUAGUUUAUUUCCUCAAUAGUUACCUCUAUUGUCUUCAACUGCACGAUUAGAGCUACUUUUAAAAAACGAAUGUCACCGCCAGACUUUCCCACCCUGCUAUAUAUCUAGCAUGCUUUCCAAAUUGAAAAGCUUGAUACUGUUAUGUUGGUCACACUGGUUUAGAGGAUGGUGCUUUAGAUGGCAAACAAAAGUUAUAAAAGUGCAUCAUUCUCCUGGUAAUCAGUGCGUAGCCAAGUAUAUUUGUCAUUAUGCAUACGAUAUAGGGUGUCAUUUUGCACAGUGCAUACUCAUAAGGUAGAGCAGAGAUUGGUCAGACCUGCAACGUCAACCAGCUUUUGGCACUGGUUGUACUCCCAGUGUCUCCCUGGCUAAUCAAUCCCACCACAUCUAACCUUUGUACUGAAGAACUUUUAACUCGCUUAUUUAGAGAACUGGUUUCCUCCCCAGAGAAACUCAAAAUGGAUAAUCAAUCGGUUUGGUCAUGUGUUGUGGUCAGGGAACCCCUGACCUUCAGCCACAUUAGUGUGACCCGCAGGUCAAAGCCUGAAGAUGGCCAUGGACCAAGAUCAGUUACAACAAGCAACAUUAGCUGCGUUUCCAUUACAUUUUUUCGCAAAAUAAAAGCGAUGUUUAUCAAAUUUCGACAAAGUACAAUUGCGAUUUGCGGGUGUUUCUAUUGAAUGGUGUUCAGUGCAUAAGUGAGCCGUCUGCCUCUUGCGAGCCGUGUUUGAAUAGCUGUUGCCUUGCAACGAGGUAAACUUCCUCCCCGUGCAACCUCGCCUUUUUGCACACCAGCAUGGAGGAGACACAAAACAUUUUGCGUUUUGGAGCAGCUAUUUCUGUGACCAUUACUGCUGUUGCCGCUGCUGUCAUCAGAAGACGAAGGUAGCGGGUGAUAAUUCAAAGGCAAAGCCCGUAUGUAUGGGAGUGGACACGGAUGAGGGAUUUCUGGGAGAGGAUCGUUAAUGAGGAAUUCACAGACGAAUUGUGGAUUCAAAACUUAAGAAAAAUACAAAUACAAUUCAAAACUUCAGAUAUAACUCCGUCUCCUACCCUGUCCACACAUACCACGCCAUCUUUGCUUGAGAUGAACUGGUCACAUGACCUGCGACGUCACGUCCGGUGACAGAGAAUUGCGAGAAUAGUUUUUCCAUUACACUUUUGCGAUAUACUUCUAUAUCGACACGUCUGAAAAACCACCUCAUGAGAGCGUAAAAACUUUUUUGCGAUAUUUGAGGGUUUUUUCGAAAUUUAGGUGUUUCCAUUACCAGUUUUCUAUUGCGAUAUUUAGGUUUUGCGCAAAUCUAUGGGUAAUGGAAACGCAGCUAGUGAAGCCUCUAUGAUGGACACUUAGGACCUAAUGCCAAUCAGAAAAUCACCUCAACAGCAGAUCCUCCAGGAUCCCCAUUGAAAAGAUAUGUAAACCGGAUUGGCUUGAAGACUUAAAACAGGCAACUGGACUGUGUAGAGUUGAGAAGACGUUUCGCCUCUUAUCCAAGAAGCUUCUUCAGUUCUAAAAUUGCUAGUGUGGGGAGCAGAUAUUUAUCUUGCUGGAGACAGGGGAACCGGAUUGGGUUGCUCCCAUUGUUUUUUUUUUUUUGUUUUGUUUUUUUUGUGUUUUUUUGGACACCUGUGUGUUUAUGACAGUGUUUACAGUCUGGUACUCCCCUGUUACUAGAAGUGACUUUGAGACUGAAGGAAACAGAAACACAGGGUCAUUCAGGUCAUUUCUGGAAUAAGACCUUAUGAAAUGUGAGGAAAAUGAGCUCUGGUAACUUUAGAAAUGGCCUCAGUUCUUGUAACAGUUGAUGGAUAACAGAGGAUGUAACAGUCCUCUCUCGUAAUGAUAUUAUAUUAAUAUAAUUUGGCCCAUUCCUGCUCCUCAUAUGUCUACUAUAACCCACUUUCCCGCUAUCCAGCUUGAACCCCCUGUUGAGAAGGCCUAAUGGUGCAUGAGAAAUCCUGAGUGUCCGUUUAACCUGCUUCUCCGUUUAACCAUCAGAGCGUUUCUUUUUCUGAAGGAAGCUGUAGAACAGCAGUAAUGGUGUGGAACAGUACUACAUGACCCAGACCUGCCUCUGGGGACCGCUUCCAUGCCUCAGGCCUGUGUGUCCCACUUCUGGACCAAAAUGCACCACAUUAUCUUAUUCAGACUUUAACUUGAAAGUGAUGAUAUCCUCCCUCCAGCUGCUUUAAGCCUCUACAUAUAUAUAAUCAGCAGCUACACCAAAACCCCUGCAAAGUGUAAACCUGCUGAGGUGUUCAAGCAGAGAAGGUCAUCGGUUCAGUGAUUCAGAUGCAGAACUUAAGUGGCUCUCCAUUAGUUUAAUGUUUCAACAGUGCAAUACGGCACUAUAGGAUUUGAUAUCCGUUUGUUGCUCUGAUAUAACUGCUCAUGUUCGAGCAGUUCUUUUCUUACAUAUAGGACUCAGUGGCACCUGUAGUCCAUCUAUCACAGGAGGGUGAAACACUUCUUCCAGACUGAGUGCAUCCUCCACUUCUCCUUUUGUCUUAGCAUGAAGGCCUGGAGUGGCUUUUUCUAACUCUCUUGGCUGACAGUAGCUGUCAUUAUCUUGCAUUCUUCUUCUAUUAUGCUGCUGUCAACUCCCUGUCAUGCUACCCUCAUUCACAUCACAUACGACCACGAAGUAAUGAAAUAAUAGCGCCCUAUUGGUGUUUGUGCCACCCAUGUUUUUAUGUGGAAAUUUAUGAACUAACCUUAAAAAUAAAUCUCAGCAGUCUGUGUUUAGGUGAGUAAUCCUGGACAUCAGGUUGAUCAGAUGCUAGAAGUGCUCCUGGAUAGUGUUUGCUACUUCCAAGGUCAUCAGCCUGUUCUUAAGUGGUUGGCAAACUUUGAAGUUCCACCCCUAGUUAGUCACAGCACACUGCUCAUCUGCCACAAACACAAGUUUUAAAACUUGAUCAGUACUUCUAUAAUCUGAGAGAGGGAAUUCAAUUUCAACUUUGAAGCUGUCACUCUAUUGAUAUCUGGUUUAAGCGUGUAUACUAGUCGGAUUACUUGUCCUCUUCCAGACGCUUCUGUUUAGGGCUUUGGGUUCACGAUCACCCUAGCCUUCGAACAUCUCAGCUGACGUCUGAACAAAUGGCUGAAAAUAGCCCCUGGACUUUCACUUAUACCAUCUGUAGAGCAAACGGAUAUUAAUGCAGUAUCAGCUCAGGCCCUGCAGUCAGAAACGUUGUAAUACCAAUGUCCCGGUUCCCUUUCACCAUGGGAAAGACAGGGCAGGGCUUCCUGCCGCCUCAGACACAUCCGCUUUCCCAACGCUAACUCCGGGUCUCAAGACUCCAAUGGCAGAGACAGUCACACCUAAAUACACACUGUAGUGAGCCACCUCCACAACCCACUGGGUGCUGCAGGUCCUGCAAAUGAUGACUACUGUACCUCCAUCCACAUAGGUGUAAUCCGGUCUUAAACUUCUGCAGGGGUUAAAGGUUUAAUCUAAAGUUUUGUUCCUUGAGUUUCAAGUUUGAUUGAGACCAAAUGUUUGUCUUCUAAUUCAGCAUUGCAUCACCUUCACUUUAAAAUCAAAUAGACAAGUAAGAUAGCCUCAGGUUGAAGGACAACACCCUCAUAUUUGAUAUCCUUGGUGCACAGCAGACCUGUCAAGCAGCUGUUUUCAUGGUGCAGUAGCCAGGAUGUGCCAGUUCUGAAAGCAAAUAUUUCUGCUCUUCUGCAGCGUUGCUAGGAAAUAGGAUAGUGUUGAUCUUGAUACAGGAUGCUGAGUGAGUGUUUGCAUGAAACAACUAGCAGGAGUGUUUUGACAUUCAUCUUAGACCGCUAGAUUUUGUUUUGAUUAAUAUUUUAUCAUGUCAGUCAAAGUUACGGUUCUUUUACAGCCUAUUUGAACUGGAAGUAGUGCAAAGACAAGAUAAACAUAAAAAAAAUUGAUUGCUCUAGUAAAAAUAUGUGUUCAUUUUAGAAAACACUGAACACAUCUCUGACAUAUUUUGGUUACUUGGUAACAGGUUAGAAACAUCACUGGGUCUACAAAAGGACUUUCCAGAGAGGUGGAGUCAAAAAUGAGAAGAGGUUCACCACCCUGUGUGAGACUAACUGAGAAAAGUUCACUUUUUUUUUCAACCUCAGUGCAAAAUGACAUUGAAACGAACACUGCAUGGCUGAUCAUCAGCCCUUCGGUCAAAACUGCAUCAAAACAGGCAUGACUCUGUAUUGGAAAUCACUGCAUGUGGUUAAAACCAUUGUCAACAGUUUUCACAGAAUCCUCAUUAGUAGGUUAAAACUUGGAAACCAUGAACUAACAUUAACAUUAACAGAAAACGCUGGCGAUCCCAGGUACCUCUAUAUGGAUUGAGACAAAGUGGAAAACUGUCUAGUGGUCCAAAAAUUCAAAACUCAAAAUUCAUUUUAGACAUUGUGGACUUUUUAGCGCAACAUAUGCAGCCAUCGAAGUAAUGCCUUUUCAAGUGAGACCUUACAUAGAAGGACAAUACCAAACCACAUCCUGCGUAUAUAACAACAGCAUGGCUCUAUAGUAAAACGGUCCAAGUGCUUAACUGGCCUACCUACAGUGCCGACUUAUUACCCACUGAAAACAUUUGGCCCAUGACACAAAAAAUAUGACUAAGUAGAAACAAUUGAGCAGCUGAAAUCCUUUAUAAAGCAAGAAUAGGACAACAGUUAGCUUUACUCCAGAAACUGGUUGUAGUCCAAAAUGUUGAAAUAGUGCCAUUAAAAGAAGAAAUUGUGCAACACAACAAUAAGCAUGUCUCAACCGUAUCUGAUUGCCGGCACCGAAUUUAAAAUGAGCACAUUUUUUACCUUUUCUGCAUUUAAUAUGUUGUCUUUUCAUUUUCCCAGUCAAAUUUCUUUCAAACCAUUAAUAACUGUUUUAUUCAUGUUUUAUUUAGCUCCCCAACUCUUAUGAAAUUGUUACUGUACAAUAUCAACACACUUCACAAAAGGCUCAUGGGAACCUGACUCCAACACCAUUCCUCUUUUACUCUAAAUGGUGGUUUUAGACCAACUGACGAAGUUGCCAUGGCAGAGUGAAUUUCCUUGAAUGACUGAUUAAUUAUAUACCAUGAAGGCAAACAGAUCGACUGUCUAAAAAGUUCACUGAUUCAUUCUAUCUCUUUUUCUCCGUAGUGUAUCAGUGCUGAUCUUCAACACCACCUCACACUGUUUUGUGCUUGUGAAGCAGUUCCGUCCAGGUAAGUUUUCUCUGUUUAAACCAACUUUUCAACUGAUUUGACUGUGUAGCCAGCUUGUUUCAUUUUCCUCUUGUCACCUUGUUAGAUCUAGAUUGUUAUAUAUAUCCUGUGUGCACUUUCACUGGAAAAGCUCUGAGUUACAUUCUCUAUUUAUUCUACUGGAUCUUAGCAACAAUGCAGACUCAUAAAUAGAGCACAAGAGGCCCUGUUACAAAGCAGUCCAGCCUCCUUUGUUAGAAGUCGCCAGGGUUUGUUCCACACCACAAUGUGCUAAAUUCAAGGAAGUCUGGGCAUUGAUAUAUUUAUUUCCUCUUCUCUCUCUUUGCUGUUGGGGAUAAAAAAGUCUUUAUCUUAAAGUCAUCAGUUUGUCUAUAAAUAAGAGCAACUCUUUUUUUUUCUCAAAGCAGGAGUGAACCAUGUAUUUACCCACUGUUUAACAUCAGACAAUAAGUGUUUGAAAGUGUUUGGGAUUGAGCGAGAGAUUUAAUGAACAUAUUUGUAGUAAACAUAGAAACUCAAAACAUUUUGUUGAUUUAGUGUGGCCUGGGCAGAAGCACUCUUUGUUUAAACUCCUGUGAGCUGUUUGGCUCGAGCUAUUGAUGCUUUUACAUGGCCGAUCAGCGAGAAGACUGAUUAUUUCAGUGCUGUUUUUUACAAGCCUGUCGACCCUGAUGAGCAUACAUGUCAGACAAGGAGAUUACAGCACACCGUAAACCCAGUUUACACAACAUAGGGCUCACCAAAUACAACAGUGUCAAAGUUCCUCACAGGAGCUUUAAAAUUUCUCCAUGUAGUAAGCAAUUCAAAUGAAAUUCCUGCGAGGCACUGGUAUUCAUUCAAAUAAUCCACACAUGAAAAGAAAUCACAACGUUCAAGUCCAUAAAUAAUGAUUAUGUGGAAUUAAGUGCACUAACACAGGGAAAAAGUAUUGAACACACCAUGGAAAGGCUGUAUACUUUGGCAAGGAAAUGCGCCACACCACCUGAAAUCUGUCAGUAAUUAUUAUUUGUACAUCCAAUCAGUGCAAACCAACAUCAGCUGGGUUAGAGCAAAUUGAUGGUCCCAUAAACAGGUCGUUUUGUCACUAAGAGGUCAAACAAGACACAUCUCAUGAUGGGUAAAGGCAAAGAGCUCUCUGAAGACAUUCGCAACCUGAUUGUUGCUCAGCAUCAGAAUGGAACUGGUUACAGACUUAUAUCAAAGCACCUGAAUAUUCCAGUCAGCACCGUUGGGGCUAUUAUCCGCAAGUGGAAGAAGCACCACCUUACCAUCAACAGGCCAUGCUCAGGAGCUCCUCGCAAGAUUUCUGACCAGGGAGUAUGAAAGAUGGUCAGAAGAGUACUCAACGAGCGAAGGACCACCCUGAAAGCACUCCAGAAAGACUUGGAGGCAGCAGGUACAAUUGUUACAUGCUCUCCACCGCCAUGGCCUCUAUGGACGCUCAGCCUGCAAGACUCCAUUCCUCAAGAAAAAGCAUGUUGAAGCUCAUUUAAAGUUUGCUAAACAGCAUCUUGACAAGCCUGUAGAAUACUGGGAGAAUGUUGUCUGGUCAGACGAGACCAAAAUUAAACUUUUUGGCUGUCAUACUACACACCAUGUUUGGAGAAGAAAUUGCACUGCACAUCACCCAAAAAACACGAUACCAACAGUGAAGUUUGGAGGUGGAAGCAUCAUGGCAUGGGGUUGUUUCUCAUCUCGUGGUAUUGGCAAACUUCAUAUAAUUGAAGGAGCAAUGAAUGGAGCCAUGUAUCAGGAAAUUCUUGAUACGAACCUGCGGCCAUCCACCAGGAUGAUGAAGAUGAGACCUGCCUGGUACUUCCAGCAGGUCAAAGAUCCAAAGCACACGGCAAAGUUAACUCUCAAAUGGUUUCAAGAAAAGAAAAUUAAUCUGUUGAAAUGGCCCAAUCUGUAACGGGUAUUGACUGGACCCAAUUGCAGCACAAACAAGCAGGUUCACUUUAACAACAGUCUUUAUUGAACACCAAAUCCAAUGUAGCAGCAGAGUAUAGCAGGUGGGUAUGGCAGGAUUCGAACUCGGGUCUUCCGGGUGAUAGGCGAGCAGAUUAGCAGUGGACCACAGGUCAGGCAAGAGUUUUGAACUCGUGAGCAGGGAAUUGUCCACAGUCUUAAUUUGCUCUACGAGUGUAGUGAAGGGGAAAACGCUCAACUCACAGCUGGAGGAAGAUUUCUUGGAGAGUGGUUCAGGUGAGGACUGGGUGAGGAUCCAGAGCUUGCAGAGGAGCUGGCAGAACCAACGUCGGCAGAGGAGGUGAGUUGGCGAGGUGAAGCUGACGAGAAGGGGGAUCUCAACAGAGCAGGAACAGGCUGAGUGGCAUUCAGCUGCAGGCAGACGAAUAGCAGGAACCAGGCAGGCAAAGCUCGUAGUCAAGGACAGAAGGCAGGUAGGUUUACCGGGGCUGAGGCAAGAAGCAAAGGUCAGGGGCAGAUCAGGUCGAUACCAGGUAAGCAGUCCGAGGAUAAACGCUGGAGAGUCAGGCAUGAGAGCAAAGACAAUCUGGCAAAGAGUGAGGGGAAAGAAGCUGCAUAUAUACUGGCCUGAUUGGAGAUGAUGAGCAGGUGAGAGCAGCAGGUGGAAGCAGUUAGCUGAUGAGGGGUGUGGCUGAGCAGCAGAGCAGGAGAGGGCAGAGCAGACUGUUACACCAAUCAAUCUCCUGACUUAAAUCCAAUUGAACAUUUGUGGAAGGAACUGAAGAAAAGGGUUCACCAAAGGGCACCAAAAGACAUUCAAGAUUUAAAGACAAUAUGUCUGGAGGAGUGGGCCAAAAUCACAUCAGAGCAGUGUGGACGAUUAGUUAAAACAUGCUAGAAGCGUCUGGAAGCUGUCAUUGCAAACAAAGGCUUCUCCACUAAGUAUUAAAUAGUGUGUUCAAUACUUUUUUCCUUUGUUAUUGCACUUAAUUCCAUAUAAUCAUUAUUUAUGGACUCAAAUGUUGAGAUUUCUUUUCAUGUGUGGAUUAUUUGAGUUAAUACUAAUGUCUGGUUGUGCAUACUCGUUGAUUUGUGAUAUCGCCACCCUAUUAAAAUAAUGGCCUAAGUCAUUUUUUGAUGGAAAUGAGUUUUUGAAAGAAUUGUGCCAUGAUCCUUUCAACUAAGGAUGUAGGCAAUUUUAACAGAGAUGGCCAGCAUUAUGAAGAGGUGUUUUAGACCAAAAACUCAUUUUCGUCAAAAAUGACUUAGGCCAUUAUUUUAAUAGGGUGACGAUAUGCUAGUUUAACCUUGCAGAGUUUGCACUGCACUUCAUUUUUGUUUAUUUUUUUAAGGAGCUCCACACAGAGCCUUUUCAUGUCUGUUUUGGUCCCUGCAUGUCUCUACUGUUUGUAUGAUAUGCAGCAUUAACUGGCGCGACAUAUAGAAUUAUCCUGUUACUUCAAGGUUCUGGUAAAAGGCUUUUUUUGUUGUUGUUGUUAAAAAAAUAAAAAUAAACCAUUGUUGCAUGAACAUUCGGUUUUUUAAAUGAAUCUAAUAGAUAGAUAGAUAGAUAGAUAGGUAGAUAGAUAGAUAGAUAGAUAGAUAGAUAGAUAGAUAGAUAGAUAGAUAGAUAGAUAGAUAGAUAGAUAGAUAGAUAGAUUAAAACUGGUCUAACACACAAACACAAACACACCACAGGAACAGCUUUCCUCUCUUUGUACACACAACAUGCCAUCCAUGUGUAGAAAAGCUCAGAAGGUGAUGUAGAGCUCUGCAAAGAUCCAGAAGUAAGAAUGACAUUGGCAGCAAGCAGCUGCACAUACUCUAAGUUAUAAAACAGCAGUAUCAGCAGUUUCACAUGCACCACAGCACAUUGCAUCAAAAUUAAUGCAUUAACAGGAGAGUGGUAGUGAAGGGCCUGACUGUCAGUCUCUGAUCUCCAGCAGAGCAUGUGUCAAGCACUGCAAGGCAUCAAACAUGAGGGCAGAGAGUGAUAAGAGACCAUCUAACCCAUUAGUAUGCUGCAAUAAUAUCAGGAUGAAAAAUAAAAAUGUCAAAUUGUAUACUUAAGCAGGCCACCGAAGUAUUGUCUAUGUGUGGGAAACACUGUCAAGUUAACCAAGCCCCCAUUUUUGCUUUCUCAGUCUUCUUAAAGCAGUUUGAAGAAAACAUCUAUAUUUUUUUUCAGUACACAAAAAGAGCAUAAAAAUACAUGGAGAAAAAAUUCUUCUACUCUCAUCAACAGUUUAAUGUGACUUUCUCUCUUGCCAACCUUCAGCUGUAUACAUGUGUGAGUGGGAAAAGUCCAAGACACAGCCAGCGCAGUCUGCUGAACAAACCGAGGAGGGCUCAGCUGAAGCCGCAGCUCCAGCCUCUGAGUCUCAGGAGGGCCAGUCAGCCUCAGAGGGCGACAGCUCCUCUAAGUGGCCCCCAGCUUCUGCAGGGGUCACCUACGAGCUCUGCGCUGGCAUUGUGGACAAACCUGACCUCUCCCUGGAGGAGAUUGCCCGACAGGAGGUGCUGGAGGAGUGUGGUUAUGAUGUGCCUGCUGCUAAACUGAAGAGGAUUACCUCAUACAGGUGAGCUGAUUGCAUAGCGGUGUAUCAUGCUUCACUAAGUUUGAAAAACUGUCUGUAAUCAAACUUAAUACAGGUCUUAAUUUCUGUUCUACCGCUUGUUAAUGCACACACACAACACAAAAGAGUUUUAGCACAAUGCUCUUAAUUAUCUGGACUCCCUCUAGAUUUCCAGUCCCUUAACAAUUAAUCUCUGUUGUCCUAUAUGGUAUCACUUCAUGAACCUCCUUGAGCUAUGUUCACUCAGUGAUAACCUACAUUUGCAGCUUCAACUUAAGCAGAUCCAGGCAUCAUUAAAACGCUUCUUUUUUAAAGGGUUAUUCCACCUUUGUUCUAACACAAUUCAAAUACUCCCCUUAAUUGCUUGAAGGAAUGUAGAAACACAGCAUUUCUUUUGGGACAAGACCAAGCUCAGUGUCUCCUCUCCAAUCACAGCAACGAUAUCAAAGAAAACAUUUGUCAGCUGACGCCAAGGUGCACAGAGAUCAGAAGACAGUGAGAUCAGGUUCCCAAAUGGAGACUUUAUCUGUUUCAAUGCAAAGUGUGUGUUCUCCAGAUCAAGAUCUGAAAAUGUCAGCUUAACUUGGAGAUGGACGUAACCUAAUAAGAAUUCUCUUAAUGACAAGAGACUGGCCAGUGAAGGAGCAGGACAGAUGCAUCAGUGCAGCCAUCCAUCUUUGUCAGCGUAGUAUUAAUGCUGUCCCUCGUUAACCUGCAGCACCUGGACAACAGUGACGGACAUGUCUCAUGAGUCUGCUUUUGAUUUGACUGGAACACUUCCUCUGGCUCUGUUGGUGUUGUCUAUGAAGACUGUUAUGUGUUGGCUGCUUGUAUUAAAUUCACAGGUUUUCUUUUAACCCUCAUGACCCGUAUGGGGUUGUAUCUGACAGAAGCUCAUUGAGUAGUAAGUUCUGUGCCAACAGCAGGUAACCUGAGGUGUUAAAAUGCCACAAAUUCUUAUUCACAGGGAUUUCUCUUGUGCUGUUUAAAAUGUCAUUAAGAUAUUUUAAACUUAUUAUAUCACCUGGAUUUCUCUGUCAUUGUCUCACAGGUCAGGCGUAGGUGUAACAGGCGCCAAGCAGACCAUGUUUUACGCUGAGGUGUCUGACGACAACUGUGUGAGUGCAGGCGGAGGUGAGCCCAAAGAGGGGGAGCUUAUCGAGGUGGUCAAAGUCCCGUUGCACGAGGCCAUGACGUUUGCCUACGACGAGCGUAUACCCAAAACCAUGGGUGUCAUUUUUAGUUUCAUCUGGUUCCAUAAUAACAUGUCUCCCAAGUACAAGAUCUCCACUAAUGUGUAACUAGUAUUUGUCAACUAUCUUUAUACGGUUUAUUCAAAUUGAAUCAAACACUGGCCCAACACAUAGUCCACUCUCCCUUUCAUCGCUCUUCAUUCUGUAUUGCCUUUUUUUGCUUAUUUGUACAUGAUGAAAGGAGAGCCCCUUGUCUUGUUGCCAACAGCUUUCUCUAAUUUAAUCGUGUUUACCAUUUCUGUUUAAUGUGGUCUUCAUGUUCCCCUCAAAACCUUUAUGCUAUUGUUAGCUGUCACUCACAUAUUGUCUCUUUUUGUUUCCUCUUAAGUCAUUUACUGUGCCAUCUGUUAUAAAUGGCUGCAUAUCACUGAUUUCAUCUGCCUGCCCUUGAUUAAAGGAAUACUCCACUGUUUUAAGGAUAGUGAACGUUUCUUACCUUAAAAACAGCAAACAUACUGGAAAAACACUGGAGAAGAAAUUCUUAACACAAUUGUUUUUAACCAUUCCAACAACACCCAGGACGUAGUGCAAAAUAUUUGGUUAAGCGUGAAGGCACGUGCCUCUAGUUACCAUUGAUCUGCUGACAUUUAAGGAUGCUAAAACUUAAAUUUAAUUCUGACAAAUUCUUUACACAAUAUAUGAACGGUGGCUACCUAUUUUUUACUGGGAAUAUGUUGAAACAUUAAAGUAGAGUUAGAAAAACUCCUGAGUUUAUAUAGUGAUGGAUGGGUUGUCUCAGCCAUCUGUUGCACAAAGUGAAGCCAAAAUACACCCUGUAUGGUGAUUCUUGCAUUGAAGGGAUGCAAGAGUGGAGCUGGGAUACCGAUGUCUGCCAACAAUGGACCUACAUCAUUGUUGUUGAUAAAGACAUCAUCAGAAGUCCCAUCCCUUUUUGUUUCUGAUUCACUAAUGGUCAAGAGUUGUGCAGCAACAGGGCUGUGGCUGAAAACACUGAGCUAUAUUUGGUUUGGAAAAAAAAACAUGCACGACCAGCGGCAAAAAAGCAUCAGUGGACACAGUCCCUUACAACACAAAGAAACAAACUGAAACUAAAAUUCUUUAAAAAAAUCAACACGUUUCCAAAUCAGCUUUAAAACCAUGUUUGUAAAACAUUUCUGUGAUGUGAUUUGGUUUUAGAGAAACAGACAAGUCCUAUCUGUUAAUACAGAGGAUGCAGGCUUAUGAUCAGUAGGGGGAGUACUUUAUGCUUGAUCUUCAUUUUUUUAUCUCGUCCAUUUUUAUACAGACUCCAAAAAGUCCAAACAAAGCAGUGGAGCAUUCCUUUAAGCCAUUAUCCAGUGAUGCAAAAAUGAUGCUCGUCAAUGGUGGGGCCUUGUUAUGAUUGAUGUUUGAUGGGUUUGAAACCACCACUUGUUCAAGCAUGCCUCUGUUUAUUUCUCUGACCCACAGCCUUUAAGCAAUACUCAUAAUAGUAACCCCCCCAGGCUAAAUGACCAUUCGCUAAUAUCAACGAAAACUGUUAGAAAAGCUUCAUAAAGUCCAAACUAUUGGACAAGAUAUCAGAGACUUGAGUCCGCAGUCAUAGUGGACAAAACGAUCAUAAUGUAUUAAUGUCCAAGAAAAGAGUACGUAAGGGGCUUCGUGAGUGUGUGUCUGUGUGUGUAUGUGUUCGUUCAUAAGCACAAUCCUGCAGUCUGCUUGACAAUAACAGCAAGCUGUCCUGUAACAUGUUAGUGAAUCCUGACACCCUUUAGAAAUAGAGUUUUAAAUUAAUGUCUAUUUCCUUCACGUAUUAUUUCUCAGAUUAGAAUUACAGUAGAUCCAACAUAAUCUAAAUCCUCUAGAAGGUUCAUUUCACACACAGGUGUAGGAGCACAUUUAAAAGGACUGGAACCAUCGGAACAAUUGCCUUUGAUCAUAGCUCAUGUUAGAGAUUCUCUGUAGUAAAAACGCAUAAACCUGAUCUCACAAAGUGAAUCUCAGCAGCAGUUUGCCAAAAUCUCAGGUCCAAAUAGUCAAACUGUUGGUCAUAUUCAGGGUGGACCUCUGGAUGUGAUAACAACCAGCAUGUUAUGUAUUACAUAUUAACUAUAUAUCAAAAUCUCUUGCAGCUUACGGCAACAAAGUUUUUACUUUUCUUAUGCUAGUUUUUUUUAAUUCAAAAAGGGCUGGUAAUCACAUAUGAAGUAAUGUAUAAAAAAUUAAGACAUUCCCCACAUUGUGUUGAGAAUAUGCAAGCUCUGACAGUAGUUACAGCUAAGUUCAAACAGCUCGAACAUCUCAUUAUUCACACAUUAACUCAAGUAAAUAGGAGCUCUCAAGUGCAGUCGCAUCGUCUGUAAAUUGGAAGAUGUGCGAAAUGCACUAAUCAUGAAAUUGAAAAUGUAAAUUAGGAAAAAUAUUCACCUGAACAUCUCUGUGGUUUGUUGACGACAUUACAGAAUGAAAAGAAAUGUAGGUUUUUAUUUGUACUGCUCUGAGUGCGAUGUUGAUAAAAAAUCAAAAAGUAAAAUCACAGGUCUCAUUUGUGUGAUGUGUUCAUUGAGGGAUUUUUAAGUCUGAGCAACAGCUGACAAUCAGAUGUCUUCACUUAUUUUCUUAUAACCUUGGACUCUUUUGGGAGUUUCUUCAUGCGGUGUGUGUCCUUGUUCCCUCUCAGAUUCACAGCCGUCCUCUUAGACAAACUGUAUAUCUCAUUUUUAAGCUUCUCAAAACUUUUGUGUGGUGCCGCUCGAUACUUCGCUCAUUUCUGUGCAAACAAACUAAGAAAGGAGAAUUUUAAAAUGUUUGGUUUCAAACAGUCAAAUAUUUGGGGUUUGUUUCCACCCACUCUCUGUAGGAGUAUAUGCAGAAUCCUUAAGCCAUAUUUACACCCAGUCACUGAGCUUGUUUGUCCUUCUGUUCAUCAAGGAUCAUUCCUCAAUCUAAGACUGUAUAGUUUGCUGGAACACUUAAACCAAUUUUAUGUUGAUUUUGGAAAUAGAAACAUAACUUUCUUUUGCUAUAUUGAUACAGUGGCUGCAGCUGAAUAACAGAAUGGGUUUAGUGUAAAUCCCACCUGCUGUGCUUGGAGUGGUUUUAACUGAUUAGACCAUCAGAUUUGUCAAACUGUUAAAUUUGGGUCGGAUUAAAAAUAUUUUUUAUUGGCUGAGGUUUUCCUUAUAUUGUUUGUUCUUUCGAGACCAUGCAAACAGGUGAACUGAAAAAAAAAAACGUUUUGCAUUCAAAAGUCAUAGGUGCAUGAAAUUUUGGGUUGACUUUAUGUAAAGAUGGGUGACAUGACUCCAACUCCUGUUGAACAAAAAUCAAGUAAAAAUCAUGCUUGGGGCACUGAUUUACUGUGUUUUUGAACAUGAAUCAGUGUAAAAACUUGCUGCUAUGAUACAAGUAGUGUUUGAUAAAUGUACUUGAGUUUUAUAGUUUGACCCAUGUUCCAUCUGUUUCCAUGGACGAGGCAGACUUUACUGCAGUAAGCCAGUAGGGGUUUUGACUUAACUAUUUAUGUGCUGUCAUGUUGCCCAUCUUUAUGGACAAUCUGCAAUGAAAGUUUUUAUAAAGGACUCUUUUAAAUGUGGAUAUCAAAAACUUGAAUGCUCACAGCUAGCACCUUGUUACAACAGUAGUUUAACCCUGCCCAAACACAACAGUAAUAAAAAUUAAGCUCAGUGGGAUAAAACAUUGGCUUUUAAACCUACCCCUGUUUUGCAGACUGAAGCAAGAAUUUUUUUUUCAAUUGAUUCUUUCAAAGUAGCAUCAAGACUUGAUAGAUGUUUGAUUUGAAUCUGGAUUCCAUAACUCAGAUGCUUCGAACAAUUUAUCUCCUUUGAAAAGUUUGAUAUUAGCACACUUAAAAAAAAUUUAGAGCACAGCUUGAAACCACUGAAUGAAAUCUGGAGGACAUUGUUAAUGUUAUUUCCUUGUGUAUCAGGCAAAGUAAAUUAUUAGAACACACACUCUACCACAGUUUGAAUUUCUGAUUGUCUUUGAAUUUUUACCUUUUCAUCAUUGGAUUAAUGACCGUUUCCUCUCAACCUUUUAUUUUUUCCCUUUCUCUUCCUCUAUGUGACAAUCUUAUCUUUAGUGUUCAGUUGAACGAGGCCUGAGUGGAUCUCACCACUCGCUGAGUGUUCAGAUACUCACAGAAAGAUUCCCAAUGGUGCUCACAGUUUGUCAUUGUUUUGUGGUCAUUUUUUAUCUUGGAAUGACUCAUUGAAACGGUUAAGUGUAUCUCACAUUUAGAAAGGGGUUAACCACAUUGACUUUUAUGCUGAAAAAAAAAAUGGUAAAAAGAAACACGCUUUGUGUUUUCAAGAAAUCUGUCUUUGCUGGAACAAAGCAAACCUCUCCUGAUUUGACUUGGCGAUGAUACAUUUUGACACAUAAAGCCAUUUUUAUGCCAGUCUGUAACUUCCUAUCAAAAGUGUGUGACUUUGUUUUCACAAAUAUUAUCUUUCUCCAAAACAAAGCAAAAACAUGGUGUUAUUUUUUCAUUGGCUUUUCAUUGUGGGUGGCAUCAACCAGCAGGCCAGCACCAUCAUGUGUUCCUUGAUAAGAUAAGAAGAACUUUAUUGAUCCCCAAAAGGGAAGUUCAAUAUCUUUACUACAACUAUUAUCUGCAGUACAAAUUGACAGAUACAGAUAUAGAUGUAGAUACAGAAAAAGACACAAAGAUAGACAGGAAUGGUAAUACUGAUACUAUGAUCAACACAAAUACAGAUGCAUAUACAGAUACUGAUAAUUAAACCAAUAAUGAAGCUGAUACUGGUACAAUACAGAUACUUACACAGAUAGGCACAGUGUCAUCACAGUGUCAUCACACAGUGAUACCAAUACUGUUAGCCAUACCGAUACAGAUUCUCAGACAGAUAUUGAUAAAGAUACAGGUAGUGAUACUACACUAUUACCAAUACAACAUCAAUACAGAUACAGACUCCAGUACUGCUUGGGAUACAGAUAGAAAUAUAGAUACAGGUAGUCAUACAGAUAGCGAUGGUUAUACUGAUGCUGUUAUAAAUACAGAUACAGACAUCGAUAGUGACAGUGAUUUUUAUACCAAGACAGUGAUUGACACUGAUGCAGAUACUGAGAUGGGAACAAAAUUAAAUAGCGAUUCUGAUACUAUUACCAGUACAGAUACAGACUGAAAUACAGCUGCCAAUAGUGAUGCUGAUACCAAUACCAAUACAGACAUGGCCACCAAUACCAAUACAUACACAGAUACUGAUACUAAUAGAGAGCCAAUUAGCGCUACUGAUACUUUUACCAAUAACAAUACAGAUUCAGAUGUCAACACAGAUACAGGAAGUGAUACCGAUUCUAAUAUCAACACCAAUACAGAUAUAGACAUCAAUAAAAGUGCAGGGUGUUUGGGCGACAUACUGACACAUUAAAAUCUAAGAGACAUUUUCUCCUCAGAAUAUCAACAUGUGUGGUAAUUAUUCUUUUACUUUGCUAGGAGCCUGGACUUCCCCUCUACCACAAAAGUCAACACACUUUUGACAGUCACAAGUUAAGGUACAGACUGUGCAACUGUUAAGCCAUAUGCUUCUUCUAUUUAGAACAAAUAUCUGAGUGAAAUCAACAGUUGAAAAAAAUUCAUUAUUGCUUAUGCUGGAAGUGAACCAUGAGCCCAGCACUGGACAUUUCUACCUCCAUCACUCAGGCACAUCAGGAGAAUAUUUGGUGUCCGUUUGCUUUCCUCUGAGACGCUGACGUAUCAAGUUAUCAGCAUGUCAGAAAUGUCAAAACUCAGAGGUUCUUCUUAAAUCAUUGGUAUCAGACUCUUAGUGAUGUACCCCCAUGGCUAUGCUGUAGUUUCUUCUUCAGAUGUGAUUGUUUUCCGUUUUCUUCUGUUCAGGGUUUGUGCACUGUUUAAAGGAUUUUCUUACUGUAUUUUUAUGAGCUGAGCAAACGUGAAUCAUGAACAUGUUUUUAAAGGUGCUAUGUGUAGUAUUCUCUCAUUAAAAACGGUGUUAUACUGUUAAAUAUAACUUGGUGAUCUACUCUAUAAUCAUUUCUUUCUUGAUUAUUCUCAGAUUCCUUAUGUGCUUGUGAGUCCUAGAAAAGGCACUUUUGAUUCUGGGUAAUUUCACUUUUGCUUCUUUAUGCACAACUGGUAGCUGAAUAUUUAGAAGUAACAUGGUAAGAAGUGGAGGGUAAUCAGAAUUUCUGUUAACAGGCAGAUUCAGUGUGACUAUACAGUGUAGCACAUGUGCUAUUCUAUUUGUCAGUGUAAUAUUUAGUGAAAAUCCUACACAUAAUACCUUUAAGUGAAUGAAUUAUUAUAAUUUUUGUCAAGGUAAAGACAAAGAAAUUUGUCUGAUUGUGAUUUUCUUUUUAUUUUUGGUGUCUUACACUAAAAUUUUGUUUUUUAAAAACGUUUUCCGAAAAAAAAAAAACAAACAAACAUGAGCAUCUAAAUUUUAUGACUUUAUCAUGUAUUUCAUGCUUUAUUAAAGGUGUAUACUCAUUGUGGGCAGUGUUUUCAGUAAUGUUUUGAUUUUGUUAAUUUAUUACCCAAUGUUGGAAUAUUUAACUUUUAAAACAUGACACUUGGUACAAACAAACAAUAUAUAUUUAAAUAUGAUACUUUGCAUGUGCACUAACUGUGUUGGAUUAAACUGCAUUAAGUUGAAUAAAAUGGGUUUAAUACCCAAAAUAUCA